UCACGAGUUUCCCACUUUGAACAGACCAAACAUUAUGUAUUGAAAAAGAAGAAAUAGAUCAACCCUUGUGAUUCACGAGAUAACGCAAACCAUUGUCUCUCAUCUCUACAAAUAAAAAAAUCUCUCUUUCUCUUCUACGUGUCUACAAAUCUUUACACCUUUGCCUCUCUCUCUUUUCGUUCGUUGUUGGUUAUCAAAGGAAGACAAAUGGGUUGCUCUAGUUCAACAGCCAAGGCAGAAGGGAGAAAGGAAAAGAUUAGAAGGCCAAAAUCAUGGAAACAUCCUCAGCCAAUAUCAAGAGCUGAGCUCACACAGAUGCGAGAGGAGUUUUGGGACACAGCUCCUCACUAUGGAGGCAAAAAAGAGAUAUGGGAUGCGUUAAGAGCUGCAGCAGAAGAAGAGGACUUAUCUCUUGCGCAAACCAUAAUCGAGAGUGCUGGUGUGAUUGUCCACAACGCUGACCUCACCAUUUGUUACGAUGAGAAAGGUUCCAAAUAUGAAUUGCCUAAAUAUGUUUUAAGGGAUCCUUCAAACUUGAUCAGAACCAAAUAAAGUAAGAAGAAGUAGGAGACAAGCUCGUUUGUGUAUGUUUGUUUGUCGUCCAGGGAAUCAUGAAUCAUGUGUUUUGACUUACUUAUAUGGUUAUCUUUGCUUGGAUUUGUCAUGCGAGACUAUGCGUAUGUGAGGAUUGACAUGAUGAUAUUUACAAACUUCCAUAGAAUUCGUCAUAGUUUUUUUUUUUAACAUAAAGAAGCAGCUUUGAUUAAUAAAUAGUACGAGUCUCUUUACCUAA